GUGAAUACGCGGCAGCAAACGGACAGAAAUUCGAAGAAGGAGAAGCAAAAGCUUAGGACAAUAGAGCAAAUGUAUCAGGUUGUAAGGCAAGAAGGAUGGGAUCGGCUUUACGGUGGUUUAGCUCCGUCCCUAGUGGGCACCGCUGCUUCCCAGGGCGUAUACUAUUACUUCUAUCAAAUAUUCAGAAAUCAGGCAGAAAUUGCUGCGCUUGAAGGUAAGAAGAAAGGGAUUGGUGAUGGAUCGGUUGGAAUGUUCUCAUCACUUCUGGCAGCUGCUUUAUCUGGGUGUGUUAAUGUUCUGCUGACUAAUCCCAUAUGGGUUGUCGUCACCCGCAUGCAGACUCAUACGAAAAAGUCAAAAGGUAGCCAUCCUGAACCUGCAGCAUCAGACGAUGCAAUCGUUGCUGUGGUCGAACCGCCUCCUUUUGGAACUACCCAUGCUAUUCAAGAAGUCUAUGGUGAAGCUGGAGUUUGUGGUUUCUGGAAAGGUGUUUUUCCGACGUUAAUCAUGGUAAGCAAUCCUUCUAUACAAUUUAUGCUAUAUGAAACCCUUUUGAAGAAGAUUAGGAAACGGCGUGCCUCUAGCAAUAAAGGCGCCAAUGAUGUCACUGCAUUGGAGAUAUUUUUACUCGGAGCUGUGGCAAAGCUUGGGGCUACAGUUGUAACAUAUCCUCUUCUGGUUGUGAAGUCAAGACUUCAGGCAAAGCAAGUUACUGGUGGGGAUAAAAGACACCAGUACAAAGGUACCCUGGAUGCUAUUAUGAAGAUGAUACGGUAUGAAGGCUUUUAUGGAUUUUACAAAGGGAUGGGCACGAAAAUCGUACAGAGCGUUCUAGCAGCUGCUGUCCUAUUCAUGGUCAAGGAGGAACUUGUCAGGGGUGCUAGGUUUUUACUAAUAGGAACUGCAGCUAGUACUGUAAGAUCAAAGCCUCCCUAGAAUUUUCCGACAUAGCAGUCUUGGGAAGCUGCAGCCUGCAGCAUACCUCAUCACAGAUACCUACAGAAUUAGGACGCAUACAUUGUAAUAGCAAAGAAAUUAAUUCGAAAUUGAAGAUAAAGGAAGAUGAUCUAGUAAAAUGGUUGACCGUUGGCUCUCCAGCAAUAAGCCCAUUCAUCGGUCUCCAUCAUAAGCACAUUAGUCAUGCUCUCAAUUGUUUGAACUUGGAUUGAGCUGUCUAGCAAAUUGAAAAAUGGAACAUAUUGAUUAUUUAAUCCUUUGUUUGAAA